CGCAGGGCCUUUGUAACAGCCUGAAUAUUAAUAUUACAACGCACUGCGAUGAUCUGUUUUUUAUACGAAAGUAAAGAUCCGUUUUUGUUUUUGAUGAGCUUUCUCCUUUAAAGGAUCUACGUAGCAAGAAAAAGCAACCGAAGGAUCUUGUCCGAACGGAGAUAAGCCGAAAAUGAAAGCUCCACUAUGAUGAAGCGACUCGAAGCUUCCUGCUGAAAAAAUGCUACUGAAGAUCGAAGAAAGAGCAUAACUCAUCUGUAUUUUAUGGACUGACCAUACUAGUAGUUCUAGUUGUAGUGAACUGUGCCACAUAAUGUCCUCAUGUUUCGUUUCACUUCAGAAAUCUUAGUACUGAUUUGGACCGACUUCAAAAAUGUUAAGAAAAUCGGAAAAAAAUCCGCAAAAAAUCCAGGCACGCCGCAAAAAAUCGACUUUGUGCCGCGGCUGCUAACGUCCACAAGCGAAGCAAAGUAGCGCGAAGCGAAGUCGGUUGCCCGCGUUCUCGAAGCUCGAGAAUGCGCCAACUCGGUCUCGCGGCAGUUUUUGCCGGUGUCCUGAGGCGUUAGGCCCCACCCUGGAGCGUCCGGGCUGCCAGAAAGAUUCCCGCAGCCGGGUUGGGGGCGCCGGGUUGUCAUGUUCCGCCCGGCGGGUGGUGCUCACAAAAUCGAUUUUGUGAGUACCCGCGGACAGAUUCGAUUUUGUGCGCACCCUUCGGGCACGCUUUUCGAAGAUGCCCUAUCCUCGGGCGGGGCCACACAAUCCGCGCGUGUUCGCAAAAUCGAUUUUACCAACACAAAAGCCGGAAAUUCCGGCAAAAGCUGCAAAAUUGAUUGCGUGGGGCGAAGUCGCAGAGGACGGGCCUCUGCCCGCCUUGGAUCGAUGUUUCGCUCGCACGCUACAGGCUUAGGGAUGAUCGCGAACUCCAGAACUUGCGCCCAGAUGAAGUUCCGCACAUUCAUCGCGUUGGCCCAGCGUAGAAACCAAUGAAAAACGCCCGAGCUUGUGACUUUCUUACAUCCGGGCCCAAGUUCUGAAAAGCCGCGGGAGCGGCAUGGGCCCCGUCUGCGUGUUCUGAGCUCCGUAGAGGCGCCAGGAACGGGCUCUCGGCUGGCGCGGGGGUCGCAAAAUCGAUUUUGUGAACAGACAGCCCUCGGUGGGUGCCGCGGCUCAGUCCUCGACAGCCGCUGGGCGCUUGAUGGGGCCCAGAGCCGGGGACUUUAGUUGCUUCAGGCUCGCAGAAUCGUCUGCGGGUUCAAUCACCCGAGGCGCGCAAAAUCAAUUUUGUUGGCCCGCUCCUUGUGCGAUGUCCGCGGCAGUGGUGGUGCGGGCAAAAGAGGUGGCGCGGGCCUUCUAUGUGGCUAAGGCAGGUGGCUGUCUGGCUGUUUGUCAAAAUCGAUUUUCCAACUUCCUGAAAAUCCAGAGGAGCAAGUGUUCCGGAAGUCCACGCGUUGCUUGGACUUUCCGGGACUGCCGAAAAAUCGACUUUCCGGGUUCCGGAAAUUCCGGAAAUUUCAAAAAGUCCGGAGUUUGCGAAAAGUCCGGAAUUUUCCGAAAUCGAAAAUCGAGAUCGGGACAUCAGCAAGUCCUCGAAAUCGAAAAUCGAGUCGGAAAAUCGAUUUUCUGCUUCAUUGCUAAGGAGAACGGACCAAACCUGGCCCAUACCAUCGGCGGAGGCAGUUGCUUACUAUCCAGUUGGUAAUCUGCUGCCAAAAAUCCGAACGCUUGCACUUUCAAGAGAUUCGGAGGCGCUUCAAAGUCCAUUUUCUGUGUGCCAAAAGUGCGCCCGAGUGUGCGCCAAAAAUGCGCCAAAAGUGCGCGCGAGUUACUAUUCAAUAGUAACGGAGACGGACCAAACCUGGUCCAUACCAUCGGCGGAGGCAGUUGGUUACUAUUCAAUAGUAAUUAUUAUUUUGCUCGGGACGCAACACAAAACAGCUCAGAUUUUUGCGUGCGACACCUCGAGCGCGACUGCCUUCGGAUUUUUUUUGGAUUUUUGGCAGCAGAUUACCAACUGGAUAGUAAGCAACUGCCUCCGCCGAUGGUAUGGGCCAGGUUUAGUCCGAUCCCGCUACUAUUGAAUAGUAAUGGAGGCACAAGAUCGAUUUUCUGCUAUUUUCUCGGAAGCUCUAUUUUCCGGAAGUCGGAAAAUCCGGACCGCAGCGAUCUCCCGAGAUCUUUCCGGAAGUCCAGAUCUCUCCGGAAGAUCUAAUGUCCGGCAAGGUGCCGACGUUGUCCAUAGGGUUGAGGGGCUGCAGAAUCGAUUUUGUGGCCGGUAGGGCCCGUUGCCCGUACCUCAUAGGGCGCGGGCUGGGGCGGGGGUUGGUAAGGCCUUGGCGUGGGAGGCUGCAUCCGCGAAGAAAGGGCGGACGCACAAAAUCGAUUUUGUGGGAGAUCCGCUAAAGCGCAUAGCUGGAAGCUCUCCCCCCUAGUCCGUCGGCCCGGCGGAUUGCGUGGCGCACCGCCUCGAUAUUGAGCCACGCGGCCGCUCGAUUCUGUCGGACCUGGGAAGCUGCGAAAUCGAUUUUGUGUGGUCGGGCGAUUGUGUGGCCUUCAACAGCCCUUGCGCGACCCACAACAUCGAACCACCUGUGGUCAGCUCAAAACCGGCCUUGUGGUCGGCGCUGCGUUCUGGGGGAAUGGAAAAUCGAUUUUGUGCAAUCUGCGGGAUUGCGCGUCUGGAGGAGGGGUUUUGUGCAAUCCGCGUCUGCGGAUUCGAUUUUGUGCAAUCUGCGUUGUGUGCCAUGCAAAAUCGAUUUUGUGCAAUGCAAAAUCGAUUUUGCGGGAUUCGGUUUUGUGCAAUGCAGAAUCGGGAUUCGGUUUUGUGCAAUGCAAAAUCGAUUUUGUGCAGUGCAAAAUCGAUUUUGUGCAAUGCAAGAUCGAUUUUGUGCAAUGCAAAAUCGAUUUUGCGGGUUUCGGUUUUGUGCAAUGCAAAAUCGAUUUUGUGCAAUCCGCGUCUGCGGGAAUGCAACAUCCAUUUUGUGCAAUGCAAAAUCGGGAUUCGGUUUUGUGCAAUGCAAAAUCGAUCUUGUGCAAUGCAAAAUCGUUUCUGUGCAAUGCAAGAUCUGCAAGAUCGAUUUUGCUGCUUUCGGUUUUGUGCAAUGCAAAAUCGAUUUUGUGCACUGCAAAAUCGGGAUUCGGUUUUGUGCAACGCAAAAUCGAUGCUGUGCAAUACAAAAUCAAUUUUGUGCAAUGCAAAAUCGAUUUUGCGGGAUUCGGUUUCGUGCAAUGCAAAAUCGAUUUUGUGCAGUCCGCGUCUGCGGGAGUGCAAAAUCGAUUUUGAGCAAUGCAAAAUUCGGGAAUCGGGAAUCGCCCCCCUUACGUUGGUUGGCUCUGGCCUCUACAGUUUCGCCGCGCCACCGGAUUUUUUUUCGAUUUUCUUGGCCGAUAAAAAGUUGGUCCAAAUCACUACCAAGAAAUCUGAAUUUUAAAAAAUACAUCGCACCGUUGUUUGUCAGUGUCUCUUAGUUUCAUCUGUGGCACCUAUCCGUAUACAACACAUGUAUUCAUAACAUACCUCGACAACGCGACUCAUGUUUCCCUGCACGACCCGAAAGUUCACCACGGAGCAAACUUGAACGUGACUACACGCGCAACACACGACCAUGAACAACGGAUUUCAACAGGGGUACGGCCAACCGGCCUACGGAUACCCGCAACAGCAGUAUGGACAGCAAUUUUACAACCCACAGCAACAAUGGCAGCAACAGCAAUGGGGUAUAAGAACUUCUAAAUCUGGAUGUUAGAAAGAAGCCCUUACUACUUAGCUUCUCGUGUGCAUGUUUUUGUCCCUUUCACAGUCAAAACGAUCACCAUGAUAUUUAUACUUUAACUACUUUGCACGAAUUUGUUGAUUCCCAGGUGGCCAGCCACAGUGGGACCAAGGCCAGCAGUGGGGAGGACAGCAACAGUGGGGCGGGCAGCAGUGGGAUCCAAAUCAGCAGUGGCAACAGGGUGGUCAGCAGUGGGAUAACAACCAGGGCGGCUACCAGAACGGCGGGAAGGCAUCAAAGGGCAACGGGAAACACGGCAAAAGCCCAAAAAGUAGAAAAGUUUCUUGACUGCUUUCAUUAUGAACAUUCUGUUGCGAUCCGCUCGUAGAUUCUCAGCCAUAUUGUUGAGGAUGACGUUCUCAUGCGCUGUCUGUGUCAUGAAGGCCUACCAAACACGUUCAUGAGAAUCAAUGUUACAUGUUGAUAGCCAGUGAAAGUCAUGGAAAAUCAUAAUCGAACUACCUAUGCAGAUGGUGAUCAGCCGAAGAAGAAAGCCGAGCCAAAGGAUAUGACCUGCUCAAACGUUACAAUCUCAGGCGUUACAAUAGAGUCUGGAAUUUGUGUUGCAUGAUGAGCAUGACAGACUCGCACAGCAUUCCACUUUCUGCAAUACCAAAUUUCGCCAGAUUGUAGGGCGGACUGGGACUCCGGAACUUGUCAUGCGCAGUCCUAUGAGACUUGGCUAGAUCAUGCACUUCUUGCAUCACAGAUUUCCAAAUUCUAUUGUAACGCUUGAGAUUGUAACAUCUGAGCCAAGCCAUAAAGGAAAUGACACUAGAGGAGUACAAUGCCCAGAAGAAGGCAAAAGCAGAGGCAGCCAAGGCUGCCGCAGCCGCGAAGAAAGCUGCACAACCAGCAGCAAAGCCAGGUAGGAGCGAUGAUGUUUAAUAGCAGUUUGUUCAGAACUUGUUUUAAGCUGACGAACAGGACUCAAUAUCCUGGUGGAAAAAUAAAGCACAAGAAAUACCUAUACCUCCUUGAUUCAUUCAGGAAGGGCCCUCCUGGUUGCACCUCCGUAUGCAAAAUAAAUUUUAUUCUUGCGCCCCAAAUCCCCACUUCUCAGUCCCCAUCGUCGUGCCAAAAGAGGAGCCGGCUGCACCUCCGGCGGAAAAGCCCGCAGCAAAGGCGAAACAGGAGACGUAUGCAAGCGAAUACAUCAUGUAGCUAGUUGUAUCAACAAGAAGGCAACAAAUUUAUUGUAUUGCAUGCACUACUACUAUCUGUGUCCGUCACGGUGACAAACAUGAUAUCUAUGGUGCAGGAGUUUCAAAAGGUGCUAUGAUAAGUGAUUCUGUAUCGCGACCAGACUUCUGGACUCGGAUCCUGACGUCUCUGUGGCGGACAGCAUCAAACUUGUUGUCUUUGGCUCUUCUUGUUGAACAACCAGAAGAUGGAUAAUUUUAUUGCCGUGAUACCGCACCAAAUACGGAGGAGCCGAAGGUAAAGGAAGACGAGGACAAUUGGGACGAUGACGUAUCCGACGUGGAGCCGACCCCGACAGCCAAGGAAGCGCAGACCACUAAACAGAGCCCAAGCCCCGCGGCCAAGGCGGAGAGCACAACUUCUCCUUCGAAUUCUCCCAAGGAAAAUAAGAGCGCGGCGCCGGUAGAAGUAGAAAAGGAGGCCCCAGCACCAGCACCCGCUGCCACGUCGCCUCCAGCAGCUGCAUCAACAGCCGCAGAACCACAAACCAAGCCGCUGAAGACGGGCAGUCCCAGCCCUGCGGCACCGAAGAAGGAAGUCCUCAGUUCGCCCGCGGAGUCGGACGACGCAGCCUCAGCAGAAACGGAGGAGGCAGUAGUCGCCAAGCCGGCGGGGGCCGUCAAGGACCCGGAUCCCCGACCGCACAUGAACAUGGUCUUUAUCGGCCACGUCGACGCGGGAAAGAGCACAACGUGCGGGAACAUCCUCUACUUGACGGGCUACGUGGACGAACGAACGAUUGAAAAGUACUAGGUUGCGAUUUGAUUCAUAUGCAUCGUGACAGGUGUAAUACUUUCCUUGCUUUCCACCUAUUCCUAUAUGUAGCAUGACAAUUUGCAUUUCUGUUUUUCAAAAAACUUGCAAAGUACAGUUUUCCACCCAUCCUGACCACAGGUACCAGCGUGAGGCGAAGGACAAAAACCGCGACAGUUGGUUUCUGGCCUACAUUAUGGAUACCAGUGAGGAGGAGAAAGCCAAGGGGAAGACGGUGGAAGUGGGGCGCGCGCAGUUCUGCACCACGAACAAACGUUUCACCAUCCUGGACGCACCAGGUCACAAGUCUUAUGUACCAAACAUGAUUUCGGGCGCCAGUCAGGCUGACAUCGGGGUUUUGAUCAUCAGCGCAAGAAAAGGUAUAGUAAGUACUUACUUACUUCUUCACGAGAGUUACGAAAGUUUCUUUAAGUUGACGUUCGAGUUUUUGUCUUGUUUGUGUAGAAGGAAUGUAAGAGGAAGCAGGACGAUAGAUGAAUGCAAUUAUUGCUCCACGACCAGGUGAAUUCGAGACGGGGUUUGAGAAGGGCGGGCAGACCAGCGAACACGCGGUGCUCGCAAAGACCCUGGGGGUGGAUAAAUUGAUUAUCGCGGUAAAUAAAAUGGACGACCACAGUGUGGGCUGGGAGCAGGAACGCUACGACGAGAUUUGCGGCAAGAUGAAACCUUUCUUAAAGAGCACCUGCGGCUUCAAGGAGGACCAGGUACUAUCGAUACUUUUCAUUAUAAAAUUUUAAAACUAGAAUUGAGUGCUGGGGUUGAGGUAGACGUGUAAAUUCUAGGCUUGCCUGCUGUAUUUGAGUAAAAGUCGAUCGAGAUAAUUAUGCACGUAAGUAUUUCAUCAGCGACGUCGGCGUCGCAUCUGCAUGAAUAACGUAAGAAAGGCACAGGAAUGUUGUGCCACUUUGUGCUUGUACGUAUUAAGUAGACACGAUCGCGCAAGUAGAGCUACUGUAGUGGCUUUCAUUCAUUCUGCUGUGGAAUAUAGAAUUGCAGUGGCAUAACUACUUCAGAUGUGCAACUUCUUUAUCUUUUGCAUUGUCCUCGUCGUGUCACGGCUUUGUGCCCCUGCGAUUUUUCCACCUUCCAAAUGUUGUAUAUUGUUUCCACUCUCUCACGACGUCCGGAACAAUCCAUAUAGGUGAUUUACCUUCCUAUCUCCGGACUGAAUGGCGACAACCUGAAGGAACGCAAGGGGACUCCGGCUUGGUACACGGGGAAAACCUUUUUCGACACCAUCGACGAGCUCAACAUCGCCGCUCACGCAAAAACCACCGACCCGCUGCGCAUGCCCAUGUUGGAUGGGUACCGGGACAUGGGAUCCUUGAUGGCGAUCGGCAAAAUUGAACAGGGGAAAGUUCUGCCGGGCAUGAAGUGCCUGAUCCAACCCACGGGGAAAACCUGCACGGCGGUGUCCGUCUUCAUUGGGGAGGAGGAAGUGAGCCACGCGGUAGUGGGGGAGUCUGUCACGGUGAAGAUUACCGGCGGGGUGUCCGAGGAGGACAUGCGAAAAGGGUUCGUGCUCUGUCCCGUCAAGGAACCGGCCAGGGCCGUGAUAAAGUUCAAGGCACAGUUCAAAAUCAUCGAGUUGGUGGAAGAGCGACCCAUCUUGACCGCGGGGUAGUUACGAUAGUCAUUUUCCAUGUCCACUAAGUAGAAGUGCAAUUUUUACAUCAUUUGAAAUUGCUGUAAUUAUGCAUCAGCAGAAGUGGUUAGAUGUCGUACAAGAUUUUGCCGCGUCGUACAAAGUUGAUGUUUUUCCUUAUUAGUGGUUGCACUUGCAACGCGAAAGGGACUCAAGCGGGUCAUUUUCAAAUUUACAGGUACCGCUGCGUGAUCCACUUCCACACUGCGAUUGAAGAUUGCGAAAUCACGAAACUGGUGGAAACCGUGCAGAUUGUGUCGAACAAGAAAAAGCAAACCCCGAACCCGAAGUUCGUAUCGACGGCAAAUAGUUGUACAAUAUCGACUGGAGGUUCUGGAAGAUGAAGGGUUGCCAGAUUUCACUUGAUGUCAUGCACAUUUUGAAAAAUCAUAGGCAAAUUCUACGCAAAACCUCCGAUGAAGAUCGUGCUGUGCCAAUAAAGGCAAGCAGAAGAAGUAGCAUUCCUUACAUAGUUGGACGUGCUUUUUUCUCCUUCCGCGCAUGUUGUUUCCUACUAGACAAAGUUGUGUACUGUAGGCAACCACGUCAUCUUUUGCUGCUGAUGCAAAACAGAUUUUUGUGUCAUUCUGAGUUGUCAUGUAGUUGUCAACGAAGUGGAAGUUUGCAUUGUUCUUCCUGAGCCAUGAGCACCAGAUCGAUUUGUUUACAGUGCAUAGCGCGCAAAGGUGAACGACAUUCUGACCUGCAUUAUCACCUUGGACCAGAAAGCCGCUCUGGACAGCUUUAAGGGCUGCGAGAAGAUGGGUCGCUUCACCUUACGGGACGAGGGAAAAACGGUGGGGAUCGGGAAGAUCUUGGAGCUGCCGAAGGAUAAGUAAACGUCCUCCACUGCUGGGAGGUCGUAGCCAUAAUGUUGACAACAGGUAGUUGAAUUAUUAUGAUAUUCGGUAGAGAAGUUAUACUAGGUCGAGGUCCAUGGUCAUAACGAUGACGAAAACUACACAAGAACUUGUACGAGAAUGCAUUGGAGGUCAAUCGAGCAGAGUAAGUAGAAGAUGCGGAAAUUUUAUUACCGACGUAGGUAGUCCUAGUCUCAAAACAUGCGAAGAUUUUCAUUUCGUUCGCCGGUAGUACCUACCACCUCUUCGAGGUUAUAAUUUUGCGACGCGUGCCGCGACCCACCUGUUGAAAUAAAGAGAAAGCAGAUGUGGAGAUCAUUUGGCGACGAGAAAUACUAUCCUUUCAACAGAGGUAAAUACUUCCCCGCUGCUGGUACCUCGAGACCUCGGCUCUUCGCUUCCCCCAGGGGCGAGGAGCUGCGAACUUUUCUUGUUUCGACCAAUUAUAACGAAAAUGCGCCAGGAACAGGAUGUGAUGUGUCUCACCGAACAAUGUCAGUGCAGUAGAUGAUGAAUCAUAUUUAAGUUGAGUUAUGGAGGCGUCGUGCUUUCAAAUA